GAGCGGCGGCCCGGCCGGAAGGCGGGGAGGGGCGGCCGUUGGCCCGCGGCGGCCCCGCUCUCGGCGCCUCCCGGGGCGGCGGCAGCGGCGGCGGCGCCCGCGCCUCCUGCAGCCGGCGCGGCGUAGCGGCUGAAGGAAGAUGGAGACCCACAUCUCGUGCCUGUUCCCGGAGCUGCUGGCCAUGAUCUUCGGCUACCUGGACGUCCGAGACAAGGGUCGCGCGGCGCAGGUGUGCACGGCCUGGCGGGACGCCGCCUACCACAAGUCGGUGUGGCGGGGCGUGGAGGCCAAGCUGCACCUGCGCCGGGCGAACCCGUCGCUGUUCCCCAGCCUGCAGGCCCGGGGCAUCCGCCGCGUGCAGAUCCUCAGCCUCCGCCGCAGCCUCAGCUACGUGAUCCAGGGCAUGGCGAACAUCGAGAGCCUCAACCUCAGCGGCUGCUACAACCUCACCGACAACGGCCUGGGCCACGCGUUCGUGCAGGAGAUCGGCUCGCUGCGCGCUCUCAACUUGAGCCUCUGCAAGCAGAUCACCGACAGCAGCCUGGGCCGCAUCGCCCAGUACCUCAAGGGCCUGGAGGUGCUAGAGCUGGGGGGCUGCAGCAACAUCACCAACACCGGCCUUCUGCUCAUCGCCUGGGGGCUGCAGCGCCUCAAGAGCCUUAACCUCCGCAGCUGCCGCCACCUCUCGGACGUGGGCAUCGGGCACCUGGCCGGCAUGACGCGGAGCGCUGCCGAGGGCUGCCUGGGCCUGGAGCAGCUCACCUUGCAGGACUGCCAGAAACUCACGGAUCUCUCCCUGAAGCACAUCUCGCGAGGGCUGACGGGCCUCCGGCUCCUCAACCUCAGCUUCUGUGGCGGCAUCUCGGACGCGGGCCUUCUGCACCUGUCGCACAUGGGCAGCCUGCGCAGCCUCAACCUGCGCUCGUGCGACAACAUCAGCGACACGGGCAUCAUGCAUCUGGCCAUGGGCAGCCUGCGCCUCUCCGGUCUGGAUGUGUCUUUCUGUGACAAGGUGGGAGACCAGAGUCUGGCUUACAUAGCCCAGGGACUGGACGGCCUCAAGUCCCUGUCCCUUUGCUCUUGCCAUAUCAGUGACGAUGGCAUCAACCGCAUGGUGCGGCAGAUGCACGGGCUGCGCACGCUCAACAUUGGACAGUGUGUGCGCAUCACGGACAAGGGCCUGGAGCUGAUCGCUGAGCACCUGAGCCAGCUCACGGGCAUAGACCUGUACGGCUGCACCAGGAUCACCAAGCGCGGCCUGGAGCGCAUCACGCAGCUGCCCUGCCUCAAGGUACUUAACCUGGGACUCUGGCAGAUGACGGACAGUGAGAAGGUCAGGUGAGGGCGGCAGUUCCAUUCCCCUGCCCCGCCCUGCUCACCCCACGACCACCGCUGUUCUCGCACACUCACACGCGCACUUACACGUUCAUGGCCGUGGCCGCCAUGGGGCCACGACGCAAAGCCUGGGCUCUUUUCUCCUAGGGCGCCCCUCCCCACUGCAUCUGGGGUUCUUCUGCUCCCUCUGCCCACUCUCCUCUCCCAGUGGGUGGAGAGAUGGACGCUGCUGCUUCUCUGCCCACUCUUCUGCAGGGUAUGGAGACUGAUUCAGCCACCGCCAACUGUAUCUCCGGGCACUGCAUUUGGAAAUGGGGUGGGGGCGGGGAGGGACUAGGCGGUUCAACCCCGAGGAGUUGAGGAAAGAUGUCUGCCUUCACUUACACUUCAUUUGGAUACUGUGAUCUGGUUUUUAUUUGGAAAUAUGUAGAAAGCGAGCGCUGCUCCACCGGUCUUUUCACCCCUCUGUAAGCCAGUCUCCAUCACCGCCCCUUCGGCACUCUGCGACCCACUCGUUUUUAUCUGCUUUCCUCUUCGUUUUCAAAGAAAUCUGAAGUCAUUGUCCUCCCUUUUUUUCUGCUGAGUAUAUUCUAUAUAUUCUAUAUAUAUAUAUAUAUAAAAGCUUUAUAUAUAUAUAUGUCUGGCUACCUCGUUUUAGUUUUUUUUUCUCUUAAACCCUGGAAUUCUACAAGAGAGAUAUUUUGAGAUUGAAACAUUUUUGUGCCUAGACUGGAAAGAUGCCCACUGGGUUUGUAUGUCUUUUUUGUUUUGACUUCUUGCCACCCUCCAUCUACCCAGUGUGUCCCCACUUCCGCAUUCUGGCUGUGACUUUUCUUUUUCCCCUUGUCUAUUGGGCUUUGAAGACCCAACCAUGUUUCUCAAUCUUGAUUUAAUUUAUAGCACAAAUGUACGGGAGAAAUGAGAGAACUGCCUUUUUGUUGCUUGAGAUGCAGACUGAGUCUCGAAGAGGAGUAUUAUAUAUGCAAAUUAUGCCCCACCCCAACCCUCUUCCAAGUUUUCCCACAAAAAGGUUACCUAGCGAGGCUUCCUGUCGGGAGAGCUGAGCGUAGGCCUGCAGAGAGCCUGGGGCUGUACUGUGAAGGGAGGAGACUGAACUUCACGUCUAUCUGUGUUCUGUUUAUCAAAUGGGAGCUUGCGGGGCUGAAGAGCUUUUGUUCUAAAUGGAGGAAUAGAUGGCUUUAUUUUGGUGGGGGGUUGGGACUGUGGCUUAAAAAAUCGCUUUUGAGUAGGAUGUAUAUUUUUGUUGGAUAUUUUGUUUGUUUAUUUUUUUAGAGUCCUCCACAGCAACAUGAGACCAUGGAGAAACCCAGAGACCUUUAUCAAUUAAUUGUACUGUUUGUGAAUUUGUAUAAAUGAUAACAAAGAUCCUCUUAAAACGUUUAUAUUCUUACAGUAAAAGGUUAAACUGAUAUUUAUAUAAUAAAAGAGGAAAUAUGAAGUAUGUUUUUGAAAAAAAACACAAAAUC